GUUACAAUGGCCGAUAUUCCACUGCCCGAAAAAUAAUUACAGUUAAAAUCGUGCUUGAAUAUAUAUGUUAAAUAUAUUUAUAUACAAUUCAAAUACACACACGAAGGUUGCGACUGUGAAAUUGUGUUUACCGCGACAUAAACAACAACAAAUUUGAAAAGAUGGCCAAUAAAGAAAAAGAGGGGGCCAUUAACAAUUCCUAUGAAUUGGAUCAUAAUGAUAUGGAUGUAAACAAAUCUGACUUUAAUAAGACUGACUUUCAAGUUGACAACAUACAUGAUCAUGAUCCUGUGGAGAAUGGAGAGAUCAUCGCAGCGAAACCUGAAAGCAAACUCCCUCGCUGGGUUAAAAUUGGACUUCAUCUGGUGCUCCAAGGACUUAUAAUUGCCUACUUCUGCUAUGCCACUUAUUACUACCAUGAUUUAAACAAAUAUGAUUGUCAUUAUUACCAACCCUCAAACCCGCUGAUGUGUGGCAUACGCUUCUGUACUGGAUAUGGCAUGCUCGUCCUGCUCCUGGGCUUCAUCUACUUGGGCCUGUUCUAUUACCAAAUAUUCAAGCCGAAGUUAGGACGACAUCUGCACAAGAACUAUCUGCAUCCAGCCUCUGUGAAGUGGCACCGUUUCAGCAGAACCCGCGUGGUAUCAACAGUCUUGAUAAUCAUAUUGCUUAUCAUCUUGGGCAUAUUCCUGUUCUUUGAGACCAGGGAUGAACCGCAGAAAUUGGUCUCCUUGGUGGCACCCUGUUUCUUUAUAUUCUGCGGAUUUCUGUUCUCCACCAAACGGAGUGCCAUCAAGUGGCGCAUUGUGGUAACGGGAAUCACCUGCCAGUUUCUGCUUGGCGUCUUUUGCAUACGCUGGACGGUGGGUCGACAGAUCUUCGAGUGUCUGGGCAACAAGGUGGCCACAUUUUUGGACUAUGCCACAGAUGGUGCACGCUUUGUGUUCGGCGACUUUUUGAUUGACACAAAGACCUUUGCCUUUGGCAUAUUGCCCGUGAUCUUUUUCUUCAGUUUCUUCAUAUCGGUCCUCUACUAUCUGGGCACCAUGCAGUGGGUGGUCAUCAAACUGGGCUGGAUACUGCAACAGAUCUUGGGCACAACUGUCUGCGAGAGCGUUACAGCAGCGGCUAACAUAUUUCUGGGCAUGUCCGAGAGUCCCAUGCUCAUCCGACCCUAUAUCAAUAAGCUGACCAAGAGCGAAAUACACAGUAUUAUGGUAUCGGGCUUUGCCACAGUUUCCGGUACUGUGCUGGCAGCAUAUCUAUCCUUUGGUGCCUCAGCAGCUCACUUGAUCACAUCCUCGGUGAUGGCAGCACCCGCCACAUUGGCCAUAUCCAAGUUGUACAUGCCCGAAACGGAAGUUAGCCAAACGUCAAGUGAUACCAUACAGUUGGAGAAAUCCGAGGACUCCUCCUUGUUGGAUGCAGCUUCUAGUGGCGCCUCCAAUGCUGUGCCCAUUGUUCUUGGUAUUAUUGCCAAUAUUGUGGCAUUUGUCGCAUUCGUUGCGUUCCUUAAUGGCGUUGUCAGUUGGCUGGGCUUUCUCAUUGGACACGAGGAGAUUGACUUUGAAUGGCUGUUCUCCAAGCUUUUUAUACCGCUUGCCUGGGCUAUGGGCGUGCCAUGGGAUGAUUGCGAUAUUAUUGCCAAAGUGGUGGCCUCAAAGACCAUCAUCAAUGAGUUUGUCGCCUACGAACGUCUUGGCCAAUAUAUUGACAAUGGUGAUAUUUCCGCUCGCAGUGCUGGCAUUGCCACAUUUGCCAUCUGCGGCUUUGCCAAUCCCAGUUCGCUGGGCAUUCUCAUCGGAUCGCUGAGUGCUAUGGCUCCCAAACGACGUGCCACAAUUACCACGGUCGCUUUUAGAGCUUUUAUUGUGGGCAGCAUCGUUUGUUUCAUCUCUGCCAGUUUUGCAGGCAUUUUGAUACAAGAUGCUGAGGAACAGUAUCACUAUGAUAAAAUAUUUGAAAAAUUGGGACGCAGAAAUAUAACUAUGGUCUAGUCUUUAUUGUGGCAAAGCUACGGCUUCCUCAUAUUAGUAAAUAUAUUUAUUUAACUAAAAUU